AUGAAGAGUUCACGAUGCAUUCAAGCUGGCCUCCGCCGGGCUGGUCGCACAUCACUAUCCUCCCGCGCGACACCCCCGAAGCUCUUCCCUACGAGGACAGCCGCAGCUCAACAUGCUCGACCCUUCCACACCUCGCCGGCGCGUCGCAGCGGCUCUUCGAAUCCAGCAAUGGCGUUCCCCUGUCUUGACGCGCUCGAGUCACGAUCGGCACAAUUGUCUUCUUCCCGAACUUCUGCAUCUUCCGGUCCCGAGCCAUCUUACACGGCAGGCGCAACGCUAUCCUACCAUUGCAAGUCGCCAUUGCUUCUCGAUUGGGGCGGUGUCCUACCAUCUUUCCACAUAGCGUACGAGACAUGGGGAAAGCUCAACGCCGACAAGUCCAACGUGAUCCUCCUGCAUACCGGUCUCUCGGCCAGCUCACACGCAAGAUCGACAGAGGCAAACCCUCAACCUGGAUGGUGGGAGCGAUUCAUCGGCCCCGGCUGCGCCAUCGACACAGACCGCUUCUUUGUAAUAUGCACCAACGUCAUUGGCGGCUGCUACGGCUCGACCGGUCCGUCCUCUCUAGACCCAGCCGACGGGAAGCACUAUGCGACGCGCUUCCCCAUUCUGACCAUCAGCGACAUGGUACGCGCUCAGUUCCGACUACUCGACGGUCUCGGAAUUGACAGGUUGUAUGCCUCGGUUGGUAGCUCCAUGGGAGGCAUGCAAUCCCUCGCCGCGGCGACGCUCUUCCCGGAUCGUGUGGCCAGGAUCGUGAGCAUUAGUGGUUGCGCCAGGAGCCAUCCUUACAGCAUUGCGAUGCGCCACACCCAGCGCCAAGUCUUGAUGAUGGACCCGCAUUGGAACCGAGGAUUUUACUAUGAGCCGGAUCAGAUCCCUCCUCACGCCGGUAUGAAGCUGGCCCGAGAGAUCGCCACCGUUACGUAUAGGUCCGGUCCCGAGUGGGAGCUGAGGUUCGGUAGGCGCAGGGCCGACCCCAACAAGCCUCCGGCGCUGUGUCCCGACUUCCUGAUCGAGACGUACCUGGAUCAUGCCGGUGAAAAGGCAUGUCUGACCUACGAUGCGAACAGUUUGCUGUAUGUCAGCAAGGCGAUGGACCUGUUUGAUUUGGGAGCUGAAAGCCAGCGGGCUACUGUGCAGAGGAGAACAGCGAGGGAAGAGGAAAUGAGGGCAGGGAAGAAAGCUUCUGUGAACGAGCAGGCCGCGUGCACGCUGACGCUGCCGGAUGUCCCGUAUGAGGAGCAGCAGUCACCGGAGGAGCCGGCCGAGGCAGUGUCUGCAUCUCCAUACCCGAAACCACCAGCUGAUUUGGUGCGUGGGUUGGCUCCGCUCAGUCAACAUCCUACAUUGGUGAUGGGUGUGGCCAGCGAUAUCCUCUUCCCGGCCUGGCAGCAACGUGAGGUGGCUGACGCGCUCCGGGCUGUGGGGAACAAGAGCGUGACCCACGUAGAGUUGAGCGAGGAGCAAAGCAUGUUUGGACACGAUACAUUCCUGUUGGAUUUGGAAAAUAUUGGCGGCAACGUCAAGAAGUUCUUAGAAUCAUGA